AGAUUCAAUGUUAAAUAAUUAUUAAAUUUUAUUUUCCACAAUGAAUUCAAAACAUGUGCAGGAUCUGAAAAAUGUUUUAGGUUUGGAAGAGUACCAGCGCAAAAGAGAGAAGAAAAUUCGAAAACGAAAACAAAAGAAGGAAAAAAUAGCUGGCGACAAAGUGAUUCAAACUUUAGCAUCAAGUCUAGGAAAAUCUCAUGAAGCGCCCGAGAUUGUUACAUUCUCCGCCUACCGGAGUAAGAAAAAGAAAACUGGUAAGUUGGAGGAGGAGAAAAUAGGUCCAACCAUGAGUAUGGAUCAGGCUAGGUUGGACGUUUUCAAGUUCGGACUCAACGCUCUCUCCAGGAAAGACAGGGUUGAUGCUAAAAUAGCACUAGCUAUAAAACUAGGUGCAGAACCACCCAAAAACAAAUGUAUUCCGUUACAAGAACUCAAGGAAAAGAGGAAACUAGAAAAACUGGAAACUAAGAAGCUAGAGGAGGAGAAUGAAAAUAAAUUGAUUAAUAAACCGAACCGUAAUUCUAAAAAUAAGAACAGCUCUAAAGGAUCGAAGAAGGUGAAAAGCUCGAGUUCUCAGCUCAAAGUUGGAUCAUUCGAUGGGGGAAUGCUAAAAAUAUCCGGGGCAGAAUUAAAGAAAAUUAAAUCAAAAUAAAUUUUUAGACUUCG